GGAGGUGCUGUCACUCUCGGCAGCGCGUCACCGCCCUCAUUUCCGAUCACACAGAGCCCGGGAGUUGCAUUAGAGGAAACCCGGCCGCUGAGGAAUAGGUAGCGUGCUGUACAGCUCAGCCAGCCUGCUCAGGAGAGCGGCGGCCAGAACAUCCAAAGCAGCAGCUGCCGCCAACACCACUGAAGGGACAGCCGGGAUGAUGAACAGGGUGCGCGGCCGAAGUUGACUAGCCCCUGGCCGCGCCCCUCUAAGCUUUGGAGUUGGCCGUGUCUGCUGGGGGGGGGAAGGUGCCCAGUUUCAUCCCAGCCCCUGCUGCCACCCAGGUGUGUGCAGGACACCGAGAGUCCAAGGUGUAGGACCUAUAAACUUCACGUCGACACCAAAGAGGGGGCAGCGAGGGCGGCACCCGGAGCCUUACCAGGAGGUGGGGACCCCUGUGGGGCGGGGAACCCACCGGAAACUUUAUCCAAAUAAUUCUCCUUUUCUGCUUUCUCCUUGUAGCAGCUGCAACCGAAGGAGCCUCCAGUGCGGUGUGGGUGGGCAAUCAGAGCUUCCUCCGGAGACCCCCUCCGGAAAAAAGUGAGGGAUUGGGGAAUUUGUUUACCCCACUCUACCCUCCCUCCCCACUCCAGGAGGAGAUCUCAACCUAGCGGGAAGAUUUUUGGGCUCUGGAUGCCCGGGACUUGGAUCCUGAGCCCCUGACUGCCGGGCUGCAGAGGGGUGAAGUUUGGGGCUGCCCACCGCGGAGAUCAGGGCCACCUAGCGUCCCCAGGUUCUCCAGAAGAGAUGCCGAUGGGGGGCCUGUUGCCCAUGUUCAACAGCCCUCCCGGGGGCGGACUGGGCAGCGGGUUGGGAGGUGGAGGAGGUGGCAGUAUUGGCGGCUUGGGCAUCAGGAAGGUAGCCGGGCCGGGCGCUUUCCGUUUAACCGAGAAGUUCGUCUUGCUGCUGGUAUUCAGCGCCUUCAUCACCCUCUGCUUCGGAGCGAUCUUCUUCUUGCCGGAUUCUUCGAAGCUGCUUAGCGGGGUCUUUUUCCACUCCAACUCGGCGCUCCAGACAGCUUCCGAUCACAAGCAGGGGCUCGGCUUGGGCGGCAUCGGUGUAGGGGGUAAGGGGGAAACCGAGGGCGAAGGCGAGAGGGCGGCCGCGGACAAUUUGGCCAAGAUUCGAGAAGACCACGAGCGAGCCCUGAGAGAGGCCAAGGAGACGCUGCAGAAGUUGCCGGAGGAGAUUCAGAAAGACAUUCUCCAGGAAAAGGAGCAAGUUCUCCAAAACGAACUGCUUAAUAAAGGGAAUGCCGGUGGACUGCCUCACCUGGACUUCCGCCCUCCUAUUGGGGCUAUAGGACGAGAGCCCACUGAUCCAGAAAUCCGUCUGAAGAGGGCAAAGAUCAAAGAGAUGAUGAAACAUGCUUGGGAUAAUUAUAAACAUUAUGCCUGGGGAUUAAAUGAACUGAAACCUAUAUCAAAAAAAGGACAUUCAAGUAGUUUAUUUGGAAACAUCCAAGGAGCAACAAUAGUGGAUGCCCUAGAUACUCUUUAUAUAAUGGAAAUGAAAGAGGAAUUCAAGGAAGCAAAAGAAUGGAUUGAAAAAUAUUUAGAUUUUAAUGUGAAUGCUGAAAUUUCAGUUUUUGAAGUGAAUAUACGUUUUGUUGGUGGACUUCUCUCAGCUUACUAUCUCACUGGAGAAGAGAUAUUUCGAAGGAAAGCAGUGGAACUUGGAGAAAAAUUACUUCCUGCAUUUCAUACUCCCUCUGGGAUACCUUGGGCAUUGCUGAAUUUGAAGAGUGGAAUUGGUCGAAAUUGGCCUUGGGCAUCUGGAGGAAGCAGUAUUCUGGCAGAAUUUGGAACCUUGCAUUUGGAGUUUGUACAUUUGAGCCAUUUAUCUGGGAAUCCAGUCUUUGCUGAAAAGGUGUUUGGAAUUCGAAAUGUUCUGAACUCACUAGAUAAACCGCAAGGCCUUUACCCCAACUAUUUAAACCCCAGUAGUGGACAGUGGGGUCAACAUCACGUAUCAGUUGGAGGACUAGGAGAUAGCUUUUAUGAAUAUUUGCUGAAGGCAUGGCUAAUGUCAGACAAGACAGAUUUGGAAGCUAAGAAAAUGUAUUUUGCAGCUGUUCAGGCCAUUGAGACUCAUUUAAUCCGGAAAUCCAGUGGUGGUCUGACCUACAUUGCAGAGUGGAAAGGUGGACUUUUAGAACACAAAAUGGGUCACUUGACUUGUUUCGCUGGAGGCAUGUUUGCCCUGGGUGCAGCCUGUGCUUCUCCUGAGCUAACACAGCAUCACAUUGAACUUGGUGCUGAAAUCGCCCGCACAUGUUAUGAAUCAUAUAACCGCACUGCAAUGAAACUGGGACCAGAAGCUUUCAGAUUUGAUGGAGGUGUAGAAGCCAUUGCUACAAGGCAGAGUGAAAAAUACUACAUCUUGAGACCUGAAGUGGUUGAAACUUACAUGUACAUGUGGAGAUUAACACAUGAUCCAAAGUAUAGAAAAUGGGCCUGGGAAGCUGUAGAGGCACUGGAAAAACACUGCCGAGUGGAUGGAGGCUAUUCUGGCCUCAGAGACGUUUAUCUUAAGCAAGAGACUUAUGAUGAUGUACAGCAGAGUUUCUUCCUGGCAGAGACCCUUAAAUAUCUCUAUUUGCUGUUUUCUGAUGAUGAUCUCCUUCCACUGGAACACUGGAUCUUUAACACCGAGGCGCAUCUCCUACCAGUUCUCCGCAAAGGUGGUCAAGAGUUAGAAGAAAAUCACAAAUAAAAAGAUUCUGAACACAUUGUUUUGCUGCAUUUCUUUCCUUUUCCUACAUACCUUAAGAGUUCCCUUUCUUUUAUUCCAGGCACAUUGCAAACUUUUCUCACAAUUGGUAUGGUUCUUCUAAGUUCAAAGUAAAUUAUUUUGCAGUCCAUUAUGUUUAAUAGGAAAUAUUCUAAUUUGACUUCAAUUUUUUGUUAUUUUUUCAAUCUAUCCAGCCAAUACAAUAGAGCCACAUAAAAAGAAAAAAAUAGAGAAAAUCACUAUCUCUAACAUUUAUGAGAUUGUUGAGACACUUUUGCCAAACUGAAUAGUAGGUCUUAAAGUUUAAGGUGAACUGUUUAUUAUAAUUUUAAUUUGACUGCAAAAUUUUUUCCUCCUCUAUGAGGAGAUGAUGUCUGCUUUAAGCUGUAAUAUUUUGCCAUGUUGCAAAAAGCCAUAAUAAAUUAAUUAUUAAAACAGCUUUUUUUUUUCCUUUCCAAUUUCAUGUUACUCUAGUUUGUCUGUUCAACUGAAACGAAUCUUGUAACUGUGACAGCCUCCUCUGAUGCGGGUCUAUCAUUAUUUGGUAAAAUGUCUUUUAAAAUACUUCAGUCACAUUUUAAUCUAAGUAAAAAUCAACAGAGCUAUCAUCAUCCCAUGUUGAUCUCAUUCUCCAUAGAGGUACAGUAGGUUUUACUGUAACUCAAUUGCAUUUGUUUUUAAUUUGUGAAUUUUCUUCAAAUUUUGUUUUAAAUGUACUGUAUUUGUUGCCAACUUAUUCAUUUCUUCCAUUUCCCAACACACAGUAGUGUGAAUUCUAAAGAUAGCUUGGUUUGAGCAAAAUAAACCAUUUUGCAAAGGACUGCUGUAACUGAAUUAUUUUUUUCAAAAGAGAAUACAAAUAGAAAACUUAGUUUUUGCUUUUGAUGGUUGUAUGAAGAAAUACAGACAUUGAAAAGACAGAACUAGUGCUUCAUGUGACUUUCUAUUGUUGAUUUCUUUGUAAUUAAUCUCUGUUAUUCUAUUUGUCGCAAACAUUCCAUUUACUCCAGAUAGUGAACAAGGCUCCACUCAAAUGCAGUAAAUUAUUUUAAUCGAUAAUGUGAGUGUUGGGUUUCAACCUCUUUAAAGAAGAUCCUCAUUCUUAUAUUUAUUCCUGGUCAACUGACAGAAAAUCUAAACAAUCAGCUCCAAAGGAGCCAAAACCUUCAUAAUGUAGUAUUUUAAACAUCUCAACAUAUAGGCCCCAAUUUUACUGAAGCAAUGUGUAUGUGUGCCAAAACCCUGUCCAUAUUUUCUCUAUUUUACUCUAUCCACUCUCCCACUUGAACUCUAUAAGGAAAAGAGCUGGUUGUUUUCUUUUCUGUUGGAGAACUAAAUAAAGUACAUGUUAUCAGCCAGCUCCUCCCUCAAAUUUAAAUAGGAUAAAAAGAGAGUAAUAACAAUAGAUGCUCUAUAUCAAUAUAUAGCUAUAGCUAUAUAAUUGGAAUAUAUUAUUAUGUGGCUUUGACCAAGGAAAUAUAAGUGGGAUGGUACUAUGCUGCUUUGACCUGGAAUACUUUCUCUUAGGUCAAAGAAUGUGUGCAAUUCAUGUGUGUGUGUGUGUGUGUGUGUGUGUGUGUGUGUGUGUGUGUGUGAGCACAUACUACAAAAUAUUUCAGAAUCUUUUACAGUAGCAUUGUUAUCUGCCCUGGUUGGUUGGAUAAUGGCAUAUUCUGAUUGAUCUAUUAUUUGAAUUGAUAGUAAUAUAAUAAACAUUUUAUUUAGAGAACUUAACAGAAUUAACAUGGUUAGAUCAAUUUUGAAUUAGAAUAAAAUUAAAAUGUGCUUUAUAGUGACAAAAAUUAAGUUUUUGGUGAUCAGAAGGUACCUCAUAAAUAAUAUCAUUUUACAUCUUGGUGACGGACAAAAGUCCCAAUUUAGGAUCAACUGAUGGACAGAUAACAGAGCUUACUGUAUACAAUGUUCAGAAAAUGAUUCUGAUUGAGCUCUUUUAGACAUUGUUGGUUUGUGGAACUCCAAAGCAUGCUAUGUGUCAUUCAGAAAGUGCAAAUUUCCCAGGAUAUGGAUUGUUCCAAGUGUGUUCCUAUCUAGAACAAAGAGCCCUCUUUGCAAAAGGGGAUAUUUUUGUUACCUUUUCAUUUCAUUCUCCAAAUCACAUUUGUGAACUAAUUGCAUUGAUAACAUGAUUCCGAAAGGAAAACAUAAAAAAAGGUAAAUUCUUAAUUGAGGACAUUUUUUAUUGACAAAGGAAAAUAGUUUGAGUUUCACUAUGUGUUUUAGUGCCACAUUUCAUAUACAUCAGUGAAAUGGUCAUUAGAAAAAUACCAACAUACACUUAAAAGAACCAUCAGGUUUUUAGAUAGCUAAAUUUUCCAUUCAGACUUGUCAUAUAUACCAGGACAAAGCCAUGAGCUUUAAAAGAAAAUGAAUAAAGCAACUCAUUUUCUCAGGUCUAAUUAGACUUAAUGGAUUCAAUUAAUAUUGUUUAAUAUUAAAUGUUUCCAAAGACUUCCUUUGUCUAAAUCAUCUUUAUGUAGUUUUCCAUCAUUUUAUGUCUUCUACUUAUGGAACAGAUAGGAAAUAUAUCAAUAAAAUGUUGGUAUGAUGAUGUGUUUCUUGAACCUGGAAUAACUUCUAGGCAUAAUUUAAACUUUUUGAAUAAAUUAAAUACACAUAAUUUAUUGUGGAAAGUGAAGCUAGGACAUAAUGCAUGUAUUUUCUUCUUUUCUCCCAAGCCUUUAAGAUAAUAUAGGCAGGACUGUUGUUGCUAAAAUUGGGCCUUAUGUGUUUAGAUUCUAAUUUUCAUGUUAGUUUCUAUGGAAUGAGGAAAUUAGAUAAUUGUAUUUUCUUGAUUUCAAGUUUUGAUUUGAAAGAGCACAAAGCAGAUAUGUAUUUCUGCAACAGAUAGGGUAUUAAAUUCAGGUUGUAUGUUAAAACUGCACUAUAAUGUACCUUUUGUAUCCUGGUGUAAGUAGACAAGAAGAUUGUAACACACAUUGCUCUGCCGAUGGCAAGGUUAAACUUUUGUAAAUUCUAGAUCUUGGGUUUUUAAAAGAAAUCCCCAAACACCAAAAAAUGUAUACAUGAUAAGGGGUUAAUAUGUGUUAUUUAAACUUAGCUGGUUAUCCUUAGUUUUGAAAGUUUUAAAUGACUGAAAUCUUUAUGUAGACAUUGCCUUUCAUUCCUCUUCAGCAUAAUAAUGGAAUUAAGUUUACAUACAUAGACAUUCUAAAAGGUGAAUAAUUUAAACAGCACCUAAUUUUGUUGUCAUGAAGUGUUUUCCUUUGGAUACAGUUUGUGAAAUUAAUAUUGCAUCUAUCUGUUGUCUGGCAAAUCAACAAUGCCCAAUGAUGUUUGUGAUGAUUUCAUCAUGUUAUCCAUUUCUAUGAAUCAGUUGUGUUUUGAUUUGUAUAUAAAUCCAUUCAGUCUUUUCCAAAUUUAUAUAAAUCUCUAAUGAUAUGAAAUACAUAAUAGAUCAAGACAUAAUUUUUAAGAGCUAUAUUUGUAAAAUUUCUCUAUGGUGAAUAAAGUCUUUUAAUAUACCUUU